CAACUAAACCCCUAUAGUCCAUGUUUUGCUUCAAGUAAGCCCCUCCGUCUAACGGAUACUUAACUCCGUCCGUCUUUUAUUUUUUUUUGAUUUUUUUAUUCCGUGGGGCCCACCAUUAAUAGUUGGCGCGGUUUAGUUAGAGAAUAUGAAUCGUCUCCCUCUUCACUUGCUGCAAAAUCCGAAGGGAAGAAGAAGAAGAAGGUUUCAGAGGGAUUUCAACCUGUUCCAGACGAAUAGGAUCUCCUCCAUAGCUACUUUCACGGAUCGUACAUCGACGAAGGUAAGUGUUUACCGUAGCCUUAAUUCGAGGCUAAAAUUGAACUUAUCGCAGCAUGCAAAUUUUUGAAAAAAUCGAACUGAAGAUUCAUUUUUUUCCCUUUAAUAUUAUGUGUAGGAAUGAUGCCUGUGUAAUACUUUCUGUUUUGUUCUUAUAUUCGUGUAGGAAUGCCGCCGCCUGUUACUUUUGUUUUCAAUUUUUUUGGUUUAUGGAAGAAAGAUUCUGAAUCCGGAAAAUUGCUGUAUGACGGGUAUAAUUCUGAGGAAAUUAAGGAUAACAUAGAAAAAAUGACUUAUGAGCGCAUACUAGAUGAAUUCGCUAAGUGUUAUGACAGUAAACCUAACAAAGUAUACGCUCUAGAUGAAGAUUAUCACAUUGAGGCUGGAUUAGUGCUACUUAGGGACUCAACGCAUUGUCUUAAGGUGUUUGAUUAUUUUGAAUGUCUAGGAGCAGAACAAAUAAUGUUGUUUGCUGACCAUAAUGAUGAUCCCAUGCCCCCUACUACGCUUUUACCUUUGUUUGAUGAGGCUCUAGCUAAUGCUAAUGAUGAAUUAGAGAAUACACAUGGGGUUGAGAUUGAGAUAGAUGUGGAGGGAAUUCAGUCUGUUGCAGAUGAAUUAGAGACAGGAGAGGGAAGGGUAGAAGGGCAGGAUAGAGGUGAUGAAGUAGAGACAGGAGCUGGUAUAGAAGCUGACUUAGGGGGAAGUGAAGAUGAGGGUGAUCACAGUGAUCACACAACUGAUGACUCUAGCAUGUAUACUGAUAACCAGUCAGCUACUGAUGAUGAGGUUGUGAUGCAUGAUCCUGUGGUUGACAGUGCUGCUGAGGGAGAGCAAGGAUACUUUGCUCUAGGUAUGACCUUUGCAGGGGCAAAGGACUGUAGGGAGUCUAUUAACAACUAUGCUGUAAGAUUUGGUUACAAGAUCAAGUUUCUGAAAAAUGAGCCUCAAAGAAUCAGGGUUGUUUGCAUUGGUGAAACAAAUUGUCCAUUUGUAAUGCUUGCCUCUAAGGAUGGGGAGUCAGAGGGCUUAGUGAUUAAGACCUUAACUCUUCAACAUACAUGUUGUAGGCAGAUAGAGGUGCCUAGUACUUCUCAAAAAUAUUUGGCCAAUUAUUUCAAGGAAGCUUUGUAUAGAAAUCCUACUUUUUCAAGCAAAGACAUGCAGGGACAAGUCAAAGACCAAUUGAAUCUCCAUGUGAGCUUGAUAAAGUGUAAGAGGGCUAAGAGAACUAUCCUUACCAAACUGCAAGGCAGUUAUAAGGAAGAGUUCAACAACCUUGUUGGAUACAUUGAGGCUGUGAAACAGUCUAAUCCAGGAACAGUGAUGGAAUUGCAAUUGUCCAAGGAUGAGUUAGCAAAUGGGAAGAGAGUUUUCAAGCGGUUGUUUGUCAUGAUUGAAGCCUGUAAGAGAAACUGGAUGGGUGCUUGCAGACCAUUGAUCUCCUUAGAUGGCUGUCACCUCAAAGGUGUUACCUUUGGAGUGCUUCUCACAGCCGUUGGAAAUGAUGCAAAUGAUGGUAUUGUUCCUAUUGCAUGGGCAAUAGUGAACAAAGAGAAUAAGCACAACUGGAACUGGUUUUUGAGUUGGCUGAAGUCUGAGCUGCAGCUUGGUGAUGGCUCAACAAUCACACUCAUGUCUGAUAUGCAAAAGGGUUUGAUGGAGGCAGUUAAGGACCAACUACCCGAGGCUGAGCAUAGAUGGUGUGCAAGGCACAUCUAUGCAAAUUGGAGCAAGAAGUGGAGAGGUGAAGAAAUGAAGAAAAGGUUUUGGAUUUCAGCUUGGAGCUCAUUCGAGGAGGAGUUCAAGCUGAACAUUUCAAAGAUUAGCUCAAUUAAAGCACAGGCUGCAGUGGAUCUUCUUCAGUAUCCACCAGAAAAUUGGUGCAGGGCAUACCAGAGUUUCAGGAGCUGCACUAACAUGGUGGACAAUAACAUCUCAGAAUCAUUCAAUUCAAGCAUCAUAGAAGCUAGGCAUAAGCCCAUCAUUAGCAUGCUAGAGGACAUAAGGGUGUUGGCUAUGACUAGAAUCAGAGAUAGAAGAAACAGUGCAAAUGGUUGGAAGUGUGAGUGGUCUCCUGCCUCGAUGAAGUUACUUAAUGCUGCAAAAUGUGAUGCCAUGAGUUGUAAAGUCAUUUGGAAUGGAGAGGAUGGAUAUGAGAUUGGAGAAUUUGAGGAUAAGCAUAAUGUUGCUUUGGAUAGAAAGAAAUGCACAUGUAGAAUGUGGGAACUAACCGGUGUACCCUGCUGCCAUGCCCUUGCUGCUAUGUUUUAUUCCAAGUUGGACCCUCUCAGUGUCAUGUCAAUUUGGUACCACAAGUCAAGCUACAUGAAAACCUAUGAGCAUUCAGUUCAGCCUGUUCCAGGAGUGAAGUUCUGGAAAAUCAAUGAAGAUGAUUGUUUGGAGCCUCCUCCUGUAGAGAAGAAGACAGGCAGACCAAAGAAGAUGAGAGUGAGAGCCCCAAACGAGCCAAGGAGGAGCAACAAGCUCUCAAGAAAAGGGCAGAAGCAACAUUGUUGCAUAUGCAAGAGUGUGAGUCAUAAAAAGGGGCAGUGCCCUGAAAAACCAAGUCAGGUAAGUAUUUGCUUCAAUUCAAAUUGAACAUCUUAUUGUAGUGUACUAAUUUGCUGCAAUAUUUGAUAGGUAUCAGA